AUGACGCUGAAUUCAGGCCCCCGACUCCUCAUGCCGGGUGCCGCCGUGGAUCCAGCCCAAGCGCCAGCCCAAGUCGACGGUACGAGCGACGACGAGCAAAGGCCAGAGACGGUCGAAACCAAUACCCUGGGUGGCCAGACGAUGCACGCAAACUCCCACAAGUCCGCCUCUCCCGACAACAAGCACGGCCGUGCGAUCGCACACCGUUCCAACAAUAAACCCCGCCAAGAGGACCUUGCUGCGUCCCCCGGCAAGCUGGCCGCUGAUGAACAACCAUGGACCGACGAACAGUAUCCCGUUGAUAGCAUUCUGAACUACAGAAAGAUAGGGAUGCAAGUGGACCUGCUUGUUCGCUGGGGAGGUCCCUGGCUGCACCAUGAGCCGACUUGGGAGCCCGAAGAAGAUGUCUGGUUGACCGCUCGUCAUCUUGUGAACCAAUUUUGGACGCCGAACGGCCGCAACAAUAGAACACGCCUCCUUGAGCUCGACCCCGUUCAUGGCCCCUUCACAGUCAGCCGCAUCCUGGCCGAGAGAAAGACGAACCGUCGCGGCCCCCAGCAUGGUCAGAUCAAGUACCUGGUGGACUUCGUCGGCUACAACAAGCCCGAGUGGACCGCUGCAAGUUGUCUGACCAGGGAAAUUAUCGAAGAAUGGAAGAACUCCAUGGAGUAG